AUGAGCACGAGCAUGCGCGAGCAUUUCGUGGACGCCUACACUAUUCUUCACGUCACUGAUCAGGGAGAAGUGAUCAAGGUGUCUCUCAAGGAAGCGGUCGUCUACCCGCAAGACCUUGUCCGCGAGCUGUCUUUGCAGAAAGAGGCCGAGGCCGAGGAUGAUGCCGUCUGCAAGUGCCUACCCUUUUAUCAUGUUAGCUUCACCACCAUGACCCGGAGCCGCGUGCAGCUGCGCGCCUCCCCUGCGCUACAACAACUUCGACCUCUUCGAGUUAGCUAG